AUGGUCCUGCUCAAGUCAGAGAGUGUCAUUGCCACUCAAAAGAUUGAUCCUGCUCGCGCUUCCCGCCUCUUGAAAGUGUUCAGAGAUGUCACUAAAGGUGGCAAAGCAAUUUACACGGCAGUCGAGGCACGUCUGUUCCUCGAGGCAGUUCGAACGAACACCUCUCCCGCUGCCUGCCUGGAGAUCAUCACGGCUAGUGAGGUUGCACGCAAUGCCAUCAGCAACAGCAUCCGGAUCGAUUCGUCAAUCUCUUUCAUGAGGGCACACGUUAUACCAUUCAUUGCCUAUUUGAGCGACCCCGGACUGAAGAUGAUGUACGGUGGGCAGCUUCUUCACCAAGUCCUACUCAUCAUCGCCUACCCACCAGCCCUCUGGGGAAAACUCCUGAGCGCUUUCCGAGAGUCUCAACUUACCGAAGACGAGCUUCAAGUCUUUGCGUGGCUCUGCAUCGAGCUUUCCGGUCUCUCUGACAGCAUAAUCGAUACCAUCGUAGAGGACAUCACGAACGCCUUGGACGAGAAGCCGUUUUGCGAGGCUCGGAACCAUGGGACUCGUGACCUCGUCUACAGGAUCAGAAAAGUACUCGCUCUCAGAUCGUCUUCUGGCGAUGAGAACCUCGAGGCAGCCGGAGGCCGCCAUGACAAUGACUUUUCGAGCUUUCGAGAUAUCUCAAUCUUUCCAACGAGUGACGAGUUCUACUCCAAUGCCAAACCUUUCUAUCGAAUGGCAGCCGAGGUUGCUGCCGCAGGUCAGGUUCAGCGACCGCGUGUUCAUCUGGAUAACCAGUUUCGCCUUCUUCGUGAAGACAUGCUGGGCGAACUCCGUGAUGAUUUUAAAGUAGCUAUGGGAAGAAAGAAGAGCAAGAAGAGGGCCCAGAUACUCUCAGGAUUGUUGCCUGUUGGCAUUGACACCGGCGAUGAUAGGCGAAGCCGUGCUUGUGCGGUCGCGCUUACAUGCCUCGGGGGACUGGAGAUCAUAAAGAAGCUAUCACCGGCCAAAUGCAAGGCCUUCUUUGAUGACCACAGAAAUUUCCUUCGACACCAGUCUUUCGGCGCUUUAUGUGGUGAAGACCAUAUUGUCGCGUUCGCAUUCCUGCUACGGGACGUGGACCAAUUGUCGAAGAAGCCCCCCAUCGUCACCCUGCAAUUCACUGAUAGUGAAGCUACUGCAAGAGCUUUGCAGGCACUUACACCGUCAAACAAUCUCAGGUUCGUUCUUGUAGAUACUCCGGUGUUUGCCUACCAACCCGUUCUGGAGUGUCUUCAGGAAAUAACAGAGUUGCCUCUCGCAGAGAGGCUUCUGAGACUCCCAAACGAUGAGAAAAGUCAACCACAAGACUUGCUUCAGCAAACUUCUUACGUCCAACAAUAUGUGAGAAGGUUGGAAGAGAUGAUGAAAAGUGGAACACGCUGCCUUUCCUUGGGCACGCAGACUUUCCGACUCGAUGAUUCUCAACUUCAAUCGUUGCUGCAUGCGUUACAGAGCCCUUUGGCACUCAUCCAAGGCCCUCCUGGAACUGGAAAGUCAUUCGUUGGCGCCUUGGCAGCUAAGAUACUGCUGGGAGAUCCGGAAAAGCGAAUUUUGGUGCUGAGCUACACCAACCAUGCCCUAGAUCAGUUCCUCGAGGAUCUGAUGAAAAUUGGCAUUUCAUCCGGUGAUAUGGUGCGCUUAGGAUCGAAGUCAAAGGAAUCAACUUCAGCCCUGUCACUGGAGAAGCAAUUGCGAAGUUACGCCUACCGUCGAAAUAAUGCAACGUGGGAACACAUCAACGGCAUGAAAACAGAGAUGGAUGAAGUUCGAAGAGAGAUGGGGUCGGCAUGCGACCUUCUCGUCCGGGACAAGGUUGGUUCUUUGGAGCUCUUGAGCUUUCUCGAGUUCUCCGACGAUGACCAGCUAUUUUAUGAAGCUUUUCUCUUACCCGAGCAAGACAGAGGCUUCCGGAUCGCAGGCAAAAGUAACAGAGCCAUGGGUCCCGACUAUCUGCUGGGCCGGUGGAUUACGGGACAAGAUGCCGGUGAACUCCGUCACUUCGUCUCGUCUGGAAGCCACGAUAUCUGGUACUUGUCAAUGGCUCAGAAAUCUGCACAUAUCCAACGGUGGGUCGAGUGCAUUCGCAAGGAACGAAUCGAAGCAGUCCAGAAUCUCAUCAAGAGAUUCAAUGAAGCCCAGGAGCAAGUGGACAGGCUGUUCAGAGAGUCCAAAUGCUCCUUUAUGCAAACGAAGAGAGUCGUCGGAUGUACAACAACCGCGGCUGCCAUGUACAAGUCGCUGAUCAAGGCUGCAAAUCCCGAUGUCGUUUUGGUUGAAGAGGCUGGUGAAAUCCUCGAGGCUCACGUUUUGACUGCUUUGCACAGCGACACAAAGCAGCUCCUACUAAUCGGAGACCAUAAACAACUGCGACCCAAGAUCAACAACUAUGCUCUAAGCGUCGAAAAAGGAGACGGCUUCGAUCUCAAUCGCUCGCUCUUUGAACGACUGAUUCUCCAGGGACACGACCACGUCACACUCCAAAAGCAGCAUCGCAUGCAUCCCGAUAUCUCGGAUCUUGUCCGGAAGAUGACAUACCCGGAUCUAUUGGACGGUGACAAGACCAAGGAUCGGAAGCCUCCCAAGGGAUUUCAGGGAAGAGUCAGCUUCGUCAACCACAGCCACCCAGAAGACCUGGCCGGCGAUAUUACCGAUCGCCGCGACGUUGGUGUCGUCUCUAGUAAGAGUAAUCUUUAUGAAGCGCGAAUGGUUCUGAAGCUAGUCAAAUACCUUGGGCAGCAAGGAUAUCGCACUGAAAACCUCGUCAUUCUCACGCCAUAUCUGGGACAAUUGCGCCUACUCGGAGAAAUCUUGAGCUCCGAGAAUGACCCUUGGCUCAAUGAUUUAGAUUCGUUUGAGCUCAUUCGCGCGGGACUCAUGACUGCUGCCGCCGGGAAAGUGCACGACGGAUCAGGAUCAGGAAGAAUCAAACUUUCGACUAUCGAUAACUACCAGGGCGAAGAGAGCGACAUCGUCAUUGUUUCUCUGACCCGGAGCAACAAUAAUGGCGACAUCGGAUUCAUGAAAGCGCCUGAGCGGCUCAAUGUUCUAUGUUCUCGUGCGAGAGAGUGUCUCAUUCUCUUCGGCAAUAUGGAAACCUUCAUGGCAUCUGGGCACGGAAAAGCAGUCUGGUUGCCUUUCUUCGCCUUACUGAAGGAGAAGAAUUAUCUACAUGAUGGAUUCGCAAUCAGCUGCCAACAGCACACUGGCAGGACCGCAUUGCUCAAAGAACCGGACGACUUCGAUAUGAAGUGUCCUGAAGGUGGCUGCGACGAAGCUUGUAACGUCAUGUUGUCUUGCAACAUACAUAAGUGCCUUCGCCGGUGCCAUAGACUCAUGGAUCAUAGCAAGAUCAGUUGUCACACAAAGGUCGCAAAACACUGCGACAGGGGACAUAUGUACAGCGUUGACUGCAACAACCGAACUCAAAAAUGCGUCGAAUGCUUCAAGGAGGAUGAGAAUAGUCGGAGGCGCUUGAAGCGCGACUUGCAGAUGGAAGUGGAUCGCGAUGUGGCACAGAAGAGAUACGCUCAAGAUCUACAAAAGGUAGAAGACGACUUGGAUCUUCAGAGGAGACUGAUAAUGAAUGAACAAGAGGACCUCGAGCAGAACAGGACUCUGAAAGAACGCAGAGAAGAACUCAGAGCUCUGCAGCAGACGAGAGCUCGUGCUGAGAUGGUUAAGGCUGCCAGAGAAGCUCCCAAGAGAGUUCCGGGUGCUUUUCCAGAUGAACGAAAACCUACAGCGAGCCCAGCCCCAAAACCCGGAAGCGCAGAGGAAGAGUGGCUGAAUUUGAAGUCGAAAUUCGGUGCUAGCAGCAGUGCCAUGGAUCAACUCAUGAAGAUGAUCGGGCUCGAGAGCAUUAAAGAGGAGUUCCUCUCCAUCAAGUCCAAAGUCGACACGGCGGCGAGACAGAGGAUUUCAUUGUCGACGGAGAGGUUUGGCUGCUCCCUCUUGGGGAACCCCGGAACAGGCAAAACUACCGUAGCACGGAUCUUUGCCCAAUUUUUGGUGUCGGUGGGCGUCAUAGCUGGCAGUCGCUUCGAAGAGACGUCUGGAUCGAAACUAGCAUCUCUAGGUGUGCCUGGCUGCCAGAAGCUGUUAGAUGACAUUUUGAAUGACGGCGGUGGUGUGAUCUUUAUUGACGAAGCAUAUCAACUAUCCUCAGGCAAUAGUCCCGGUGGCCGCGCAGUCCUUGAUCUCCUGCUCGCGGAAGUUGAGAACCUUACCGGCAAGAUUGUCUUCGUUCUCGCUGGGUACAACGAACUGAUGGAGUCUUUCUUCGCGCACAACACUGGGUUUCCAAGUCGGUUUCCGAUUACGAUGAAGUUUGACGACUACGAUGAUGACGAGCUUCUGAAGAUCCUUCAGUUCCAGAUUGACAAUAAGUACGGAUGCCGCAUGAAGUGGGAAGAUGAUCUCUAUCUCCGCAUCGCCUGUCGUAGACUUGGACGAGGGCGCGGAAAGGAAGGGUUUGGCAAUGCGCGAGCAAUUGAAAAUCUCCUUUCCAUUGUCUCCAGCCGGCAGGCCAAUCGAAUUCGGAAGGCUCAUCGAAGGGGCGCGAACCCGGACGAUCUCCUGUUCACAAUGGAGGAUUUGGUCGGACCUGAACCUUCAGUUGCCCUCGAGCACAGCAAAGCUUGGGGGAAAUUACAGACCUUGAUCGGCCUUAGUUCAGUCAAAGAAUCAGUUCGAGCCUUGAUCGAUAGCAUCCAGACCAACUAUGUUCGCGAGCUGGCGGAAGAACCCAUCAUCGAGUAUACGCUCAAUAAAGUCUUUCUCGGUUCGCCAGGAACGGGAAAGACCACUGUCGCCAAGCUGUACGCCCAGAUCCUUGUUGACUUAGGUCUGUUAUCGAAUGGAGAGGUGAUUGUCAAAAGUCCGGCGGACUUCACGGGUGCUGUACUAGGAGGCUCCGAGGCCCAGACCAAAGGCAUAUUAGCGUCGACCGUCGGUAAGGUUCUCGUCAUUGACGAGGCUUACGGAUUAUACGGGGGCAGUAACUCAGCUUGGGGAGGUUCUGACCCCUACAAAACUGCCGUAGUAGACACCAUUGUUGCUGAGGUCCAAAGUGUUCCAGGAGAAGAUCGAUGUGUUCUUCUUCUGGGUUAUAAGGACCAGAUGGAGGAGAUGAUGCAGAACGUCAACCCGGGCUUAAGUCGACGAUUUCCAUUGUCGUCAGCCUUUAUCUUCGAAGACUUCGAGAAGGCAGACAUGCGGAAGAUCUUGGACCUCAAACUCAAGUUACAAGGAUUUUCCGCUACUGAUCAGGCCAAGCAAGUCGCCUCAGAGAUGCUCGAGAGGGCCCGCAACCGACCAAACUUUGGCAAUGCAGGAGAAGUGGACAUUCUCCUGAACGAGGCAAAGGCACGUCAUCAGCGACGACUGACAGCUAAAGAAAGCCAUCACGUCUCUACCCUCGAAGCUCUGGACUUUGACCACGACUUUGACCGCGCAGAUCGGGCUCAGACCAAUGUUGCCAAACUCUUCGAGGGGACCGUUGGUUGCGAGAAGAUUGUCGCCACCCUUGAGGGAUACCAGGAGACUGUACGUUGUAUGAAGGCACUGAAUAUGGACCCUAAGGAUAGUAUUCCUUUCAACUUCAUCUUCCGCGGCCCUCCAGGUACGGGCAAGACCUCAACAGCGAGAAAGACGGGCAAAGUCUUCUACGAUAUGGGGUUCUUGGCCAAGGCAGAAGUUAUUGACUGCUCUGCAUCUGAUCUCAUCGGCGAAUACAUCGGCCAGACCGGCCCUAAAGUGCAGCAACUCCUGGAAAAGGCUCUUGGAAAAGUACUGUUUGUCGAUGAAGCUUACCGUCUUGCGGAAGGACAAUUUGCCAAAGAGGCAGUUGAUGAGGUUGUCGAUUCGGUGACGAAGGACAAGUACAAGAAUCGCCUUGUAAUAAUCCUAGCUGGAUACGACGAGGACAUCAAUCGGCUACUUUCAGUCAACCCGGGAAUGUCAAGUCGGUUCCCAGAAGUCAUCGACUUCCACAGCCUUAGCCCCGAGAGUUGCUACGAGCUUCUGCUGCAGAUUCUAGAUAAGCAGAAGCGAACUCUUCACAGUAAGAAUUCAUCUAAUAAUCUCGUAAUGGAUUGUAUAUCGAAUCCAUCGCCCGAUUUCAAGAGGGAAAUUGUCGCUACGUUUCACAAACUCACUACAACCGCCGGAUGGGCUAGCGCCCGAGAUGUGGAAAGCCUUGCCAAGUCGAUUGUUAGCAUCGCGAUCAAGUCUUGCCGAGACCGACGGGUGACAAUCGACGAAGAUCUUGUAAAGCAAGAAUUCUCCAAGAUGCUCGAUGAGCGCGAAAGCCGGGAGAAGCAGGCAGGGACCAUGCGUGGCGUGCCCAAUCUCGAGCGAAUAUUCCAGCAGAUGUCAUUACCCCCUCGAACACAAAGCAUGCAACCAACAGCUUAUGCAAAAACCGCCCCCGAAGCGACUGAAGAGGGAGCAGAAUCAACGCCUCCCGAGUGUCCAGUGGUGGAAGUCAGUGAUGAGAGUCGAGUAGCAAAACGCGACGCCGGUGUCAGCGAUGAGGUCUGGGAACAAUUGGAGAGGGACAAGAGGGCUCAAGAGGAAAAGGAUGCCAAGUACCGAGAAAUGCUCGAGAAGAAGCGCAAAGCAGUGGGGGCUGCCAGGGACGCAAUUCUCAAGGAGCUCAUUGAGGAAGAAGAGCGACGGAAGAAAGAAGAAGAGCAGCGCAAGAAAGCCGCGAUGAUGGGCCGAUGCCCCAUGAAUUUUGAGUGGAUCAAGCAGAGUACGGGGUUCCGGUGUGCGGGAGGUUCACAUUUCAUCUCUGAUGAGGAUAUUCCCAUACUGGAUUCCAUGUCUGGAUCCUUGGACUAA